AUGAGAAAGGAGCUCCUGCUACAAUGCCCGAGCUUUGGGAGAAGACCCACUGACGCAAAGACGGGACGUGGGUUGAUCGACGGGUGGAGAAGUUACACGACCCGUAGAGUUAACUCCGGUGGACGUAAACCGCGUCGCCUCUCAGCUUGCUCCUCAUACCAAAAAGGGGAAGAUGGCUUUCACGGGUUCAUUCCGAUCGAUGAGGAGGGAGUUCCCUAUUGCUUGAUUCCGUCCUACGCCUCUGAUCCCAUUAGAGACAAGAAGUUGGAGCUCGCAGAACAAGAGAUCAAAUCACUAAAGAAAGAUAAUCACAUUCUAAAGGAAGACUCCAACAGCUUCAAUGAAAUGUUUGCGAUACUUGCGUCUACGAAUCCUGCGAUCGCAAAGAUGAUGCGGAAGAAGAAGGAAGCAGCAACGACAAGAGGAGAAAGAACAUCCGGAACAUCGAACGAUUUUGUUUCGGGAUUAUUUGAUAUGAACUCGCAUUAG